CGCUACUAUCGUGAAGGUUGCGCCGAAUCAAAGUUUCGAGCCUGAAUAAAGCGUGGCCUUAUUUAGUUAAACCCAUUUUUAAAUUGAACUAUUAGUUUUAGAAUAGCGUUCUUACCGGGAAGGUUGUACUAAAAAAAAAUAAGUUCUAACCCAUAAUUCGAGGAAAAAGUCCGCAACCACCGAGAAUUAAAAUGAACUUCAACAAGCUGUUCGCAUUCGUGCUGCUGGUUGCGUUGGUCUUUCUGGGUCAAACCGAAGCUGGCGGUUUGAAGAAACUUGGCAAGAAAUUGGAAAGGAUUGGCAAGCACGUGUUCAAAGCUUCCGAAAAGGCGCUACCAGUUGUGGCGGGGUACAACGCGAUUGGAAAGUGAUUAUGAAUUGAAGCAAUGGUAUUUAAGUGCACUGAAUAUGCCAAGUUCCUACAUGACAGUAUUGUUUAUAGACUUAUGGUGUAGCUUAGAUGCUCCAACUACCUACAUAUGUGUAAUUGUUUCAAAAGUGGUUUACAAUAAAUAUUU